AUGGGAUUUUCAGCAACAGGUGAUGCAUACUGCCUCCGUGGAGAUAUGGCACUACAAGGUGUUCCCAACUGUGUGAAGGUUGUAGAUGACAUCCUCCUUUCCGACGAAGAUCUCCCUUCCCACCUACAACACAUGCACCAAAUGCUGACCAGAUGCCGUCAGUAUGGCAUCACCCUCAACAAGGAGAAAUUUACUGUAGCCGCCCCUAAAGUUAACUUUUGCAAUUAUGUCUUAUCAUCCGAUGGUAUUGCAGCAGACCCUGACAAGGUAUCAGCUAUACGCGACUUCCCGACACCGUCCAAUGUCACAGACGUCAGGUCGUUUAUGGGUCUCGUCAAUCAACUUGCCGACUUCACUCCAGACAUUGCAGCAGCAGCACAGCCCCUACGUCCACUUAUGAGCCCCAAACGCUCAUUUGUCUGGACGCUCGACCAUGACAGAGCAUUUAAGAAAGUGAAGACAGCUCUGACUUCACCACCUGUCCUGGCACCCUUCAUCCUUGCCUCGCCUCUGUGGUUCUACAAAACAGAUGCCUCACGCCUAUACGGUCUCGGCUAUGCCCUACUUCAAGAUAAUGGCCGAGGUCAGAUGCGUCUCGUCCAGUGUGGCUCUCGUUUCCUUACGGACAACAGAGACUCGCUACGCCACCAUAGAGCUGGAGCUACUUGCAGUCACUUGGGCUAUAGCUAA